AUGCCUCGCCGAUGCGUUGGCCUAUGUGGCAGUCGUGCUGGUGUUCCCUUGUGGGGUGCUUGCAGUCUGCUGCGGGCGUUGGAAUCACAGUUGGUGUGUCCCGGAGCUUCGUCCCCCCCCCAGGAGGGGGGCCCGCUGUCGCCACUUGGAGGCGUCCGGGUCGGGGAGUGGCGCUUCAUGAAUGGAGGCCAGGCGAACCACUGGAAGCGCGCCAGCCCCGCCCCGGUGGCCCCGGUCCCAACGCCUCCGCCGGUGCCGCCGCCGCUGCGAAGCCCACCGGUGCGGCCGCCGCCGUCCUCGGCGCCGGUGAAACGGAGCCGUAGCCGAAGCCCACGAGGAGGCGAUGGUUUGGCCUCGCCCGUGCCACCGCCGGACGACGACGUUAUCGACGAGGCCGACCCGGCGGAGCCGGAGAACGAGGCGGAAAACGGCGAUGAGGUCGAGAACGACCAUGGCAUGGAGGAAGAUCCAAACCACAAGGACACCGAUUUGCAGAUGGACCGCCGGGAGGUCCAGGUCGAUGUCCUGACCUGUGGUUUGAGAGAUCGCGAAAAAUGUGAAGAGGAGGCCCACUUCGUGGUGGACAUGCGCUCCUUCUACGACCCCGGCUGCGGUCCCCUGAAGCGGCACGACGGGCGACACAACGAGAUCAUCCGUCGCAUGGUGCAUCACCACCUCUUCACGGAUCUGGUGAGUGAUCUACGGACGCAACUGGAGGAACACCUCGAGGAUCAAUCCAACCGAAGUGUGAAGUUUCUGCUCUUUUGCAAAUCUGGGCGUCAUCGAUCCGUGGCUGCCGGAGGCUUGUUGCACUACAUCCUCCUCAGUGAAGGAUACAGUUCCGCGGAGUUGCACCACGUGAGCCUCGGCGAUGGUUGUGGCUGCGACCUGUGCUCAAAGCCAUCGGCACAAAGGUGUUUGGCCUGUGAGGAAGGCCUGCGCAAAUGGCGGAGCGAGGAUUAG